UCCUGCGAGCGAUUUGUCACUCUGUGGAACGGGCCCAAAUCGAUCCCGAGCGUUUUGUCUUUUUGCGCUUUGGCGAAUUCUGAUUUCUCAGUCGCUCCCCCCUGGCGGUUGUCGCCUUUCGGAGACCUCGUCGCGGUGCCGACCCGGCCGGCCGGGGAGCGGAGGGCGAUGUCGGGCGGUGACGUUAACGCGAUGCUGGAGAAGUGCAAGGAGCUCGAUCAGUUGCGCGAUGAGCAGGAAAAGGUGUUCCAGGAGAUAAAUAAGAUCCACAAGAAGCUGCAAACCAAUCCUGAAAUAGUUGAAAAAUCUGGAGACGUCAUUCUGGGAAGGCUUAAAAACUUGUACUGUCACGCUAAAGAUUUAUGUGAGAGUGAAGUCAGUGCUUCAACUACGUUGAUGAAUCAGAUCGAUUGUUUAAUACAAUCUGGAGUUUCAGCCGCACAAAGGAAAAAGAUUGGUAAGGGGUCAUUCUUUGACUUUCUUGUUUAGUUAUUUUUUCUUUUGAUGCAGAACCAUGCUGUGU